UAAUUAAUAAACAAAUUUACUUGUGAAUUAUAAUUAUUUAUAGAAUACUGUACAAACUACGAAGAUAACACUAAUUAAUUUGGAUAAAUAAUCGGAAAAGUCCGUCAGAAAAAAGACAAAUUUCAAUGUUUCAACAAUGUUCAAUGCAAUUGUCUCGAUAUUACCCGACAAAAUAGUCCGGGGCCUUACCGCAGCCCAUUUUAAACUUUCAGCACUCAAAAAUAUCGGUUUUAGAGGCUCCCACAGCCAUCACAUAAGAGUGUCGCUGCCCAGAAUGAAGGUCACAGUCUUACCGGCCUUGUCCGACAAUUACAUGUAUUUGAUUACUGAUGAAACAACAAAACAAGCAGCAAUCAUUGAUCCAGUUGCACCAGACACUGUUCUAGAAGCUGUCCAAAACGAAGGUGUAAAUCUUACCAAAAUCCUGACUACUCACCAUCAUUGGGACCAUGCCGGAGGUAAUGAGGAGCUUGUAAAGAAAUUCGCAAAGCCUCUUGGAGUUUACGGAGGGGAUACGAGAAUCGGGUGCCUCACCAAUCAAGUCAAGGAUGGGGACAAGUUUAAAAUUGGGGAAAUCGAUGUGGAGUGCAUUUUUACUCCGUGUCACACUUCUGGGCAUAUUUGCUACUAUAUGAGGGACCCCAAAGGGAAAACUGCAGUUUUUACUGGUGACACUUUAUUUGUCGCCGGUUGCGGUAGGUUCUUUGAAGGUUCAGCCUCUCAAAUGUACACAGCCUUGGUCGAGAAACUCUCCAUUCUACCAGAUGAAACUUUGGUAUUUUGCGGUCACGAGUACACCCAGCAAAACCUCAAAUUUGCUAGGCAUGUUGAAUCAGAAAACCCAGACAUUUUGAAGGCGAUUGCCGAAGCGGACAUUAAAAGAAACCAAGGGGUGCCAACUGUACCGUCUACCAUUAAACAAGAGAAAAAGAUUAAUCCUUUUAUGAGGGUUAUGAUGGGUACUGUGCAAAGGCAUGCUAGUUGUGAUGAUGCUGUGUCAACAAUGCAAGCUAUCAGGAAGGAAAAGGAUGCAUUUAAAGCCUAAAUUGUUUUAUCAUAUAAAUAUUAUUAUUCCUUUGUUUUUUUAUAGUCCUCCAUUUGAGCAUUAUAUUUUUCUUUUGAGCGCUCA